AUGUUGCAGCAGAUACGGCGGCCCUAUCUCUGUCGCAGAUGUGUCUCCGCUUGCGCGGAAGCUGUAUCUCCCACAAGCGGAUGCUCUAGAACCCAACCCUCAGCUGCUUCCGCUUCAUUGCUGGCUCGCCCGGCAGCUCAGCGAACUCUUGCGACCGUUACGCAGUCUGUGAACGAUGCAGAGGGUUUCGACAACCUGUCCACGAGUCUUGCCGAGCAUGAUCAGCCUAGAAUCAGCGUUCGCGACAGGCUUCGUGUCUGGGAACAGGAGAACCAGGCAUCCGCUCACAGACUUCUAGACGACCUGCCUUUCAACGAAAGACUGGGGAACUUCCUUACGAGGCCACAGACUGUUCGCACGUUCACCGACGAGCACGACACUAGGCAAGCUAAGAACAUCCUGUACGAUGGCGAUGUUCUGUCAGACCUCCGAGGCCAGACAUCCGCUCUCCUCGCCGGCGAUCUCGUGGAGACGCGCUUCGGUGGCAGCCGCUUGCCAGUCCUUGCCAUCUGCCUCGGUCGCCACCACGGCCUGCAGUAUUUUUACCUGAACACGGGCGAGGUGCUGGCCUACCAGAGUCUGGUUGCUCUCUUCACUGUCACCAACUAUGUCGACCCUGCCGUUCUACAGCCCAUUGUCGACCUGAUCCCAUCGGAGCCUUUUACCCGACCACGCAACGUUUUGCACCACGUGCGCACUGCGAAUGCUUUGAGAACGGCAGCCGACUUGCAGGGGAGAUUGACAAAGUUCUACGCAGAGGCCGUUCACUUCUACCAAUCGUCUCUGAAAUACAUGGAUGGUGCCAGCGAGCAUGUGGCUGACCCGAACAGGCGCACCUACUUAAGCCUAGAGGAACUCGCUGAUCGGAUGCUGCCCACAUUUCUCCGGGAGGGCAGCACGUUCUCGUCCCAUGUUCUGUAUGCCGUUCACCUUGCUCUGCAGCGUCACGGCUGGGGGUUUCGACCGUUGAACGCAAAGUGGCAUCGAAGGAACUACAUUUACGAGGUGCAGCCUGGCUCAGAUAUUGCCCUGUUGCAAUUGGUCGAGUCAAGGGUGCGCCGCCUUGUCGAUGGGGCGUAUCUAAGGGACAACCCCGGACAGUCUGCCUCUCUUUUGAAGCAGAACGAUCUCGGACGGUUCAUCUUACGAGCGCGUGCCAUUGUCACCGCCAACCGGAGGAACAGGCCUUGGACCCCUCAUGGUAUGAUCGGUCCCAGCAGCCAGAUGGCGGAAGAUCUGCCCCAGUGGGAAGAAUCGGAUUUGAAGUACAUACGCUUCAUGGAGCUGUGGGCGUGCAGGAGGGUCAUUCCUCAAGCGUCUCAGAUUGAUAGUCUGGGAUCCUCGAUUCUUCGCCUGACCCAGCUAUACAGCGAAUCUGACUGGGUCGCCCACUGGACAGCCUUUACGUUUCUGCAAGAGAUCGGCUGGAUUCCGCCGUGGGAUAUUCCAGCCCGAUACGAAUACCGUUUCCCAGAUACGGAGAUCAGAAGGGGCGGCAGCCUGAGUCGUCCAAGCGUUGACGUCGAGGCGUCCAUGAGGCCAGAUAUCGCUGCGGGCGCCCGCCGAGAUUGGGGCGAGACCAGAAUCUUCUGUGUCGACUCGGAUCAGACUGCAGAUGUCGAUGACGGCUUUUCCAUCGAGGCGACAGAUGUAGCUGGCGAGCACUGGAUUCACAUCCACAUCGCAGAUCCAGCAUCAGUCAUUGACCCAGCGUCACCACUGGCGUCCCAUAUCGAGUCCAUGCCCUCCAGUCUCUACCUUGCUGGCUACCCUGAGAAGAUGUUACCACCUGAGCUAGAGCAAAAGUUCUCGCUGAACCCCGGCAAGCCGGUCCUCACCUUUAGCGCCAAGGUGAACGAAGGGGGAGAAGUCCUAGGCUACCAUGUUGAGCCCGGCACUGUUCACAACGUGGUGCAUAUGACGAAACGUGAGGUCACGUCUAUCCUGCCUGGCCUUCAGUCUUUGGAGAGCGGUGGCGAUGCAGCCUUUUCUGUCGGAAAGGACCCCGGCCCUCGACCUCCCGUCAAGAAAAUCACGACGGCUGACGAGCUCACGGCGGAGGAUAGGGAUGACCUCCUCCUUCUCGACCGCCUUGGCGAAGCACUCAAGGACCGCCGUGCCGCCAAAGACCCCAAUGCAUCCAUGGUCUGGAACGGCGACCCGUUCAUCAAAUUCUCGCACUCGAACUAUAGCCAGGCCGACCGUCUGGUCGAGCGCAUGAUGCACACCGCCGGCGAGGUUGCCGCCAAGUGGUGCCAGUCCCGCAACAUUCCAGCCCCGUACAGCACGCAACCCGAAGCCCUCCGCAACGCGGGUGAGCUGAAACGCCUUCGCGAGGAGGUCGUCGACCCUCUGACGGCCGCCGGGAAACCCUUGCCCCCGGCCCUCCUACAGCAACUUUUCGGCCUCAUCGGCACCUCAGAGCUGUCCGCUCGACCGGCGCCCUUCUACUCCGUCGGCCUCGACGCCUACACCAAGGCAUCCUCCCCGCUACGCCGAUACACAGACCUCAUCGUGCACUGGCAGAUCCACGCAGCCCUCGCCCACGAGCGCGCGAGCGGCACGGCCCCCGCCGUCGUCGCCUCCACGACCGACGCCGGCGAGCACGUGGACGCCGCCUCUUCAGCCCUGCCUUGGUCCCACGACUCCCUCUCCCGCCUGCUCCCCGCCCUGCAGGCUCGCCAGCGCCAGAUCCGCGAAGUCGACAACCGCGAUGGGCCGACGCAGUGGAUCUUCCAGGCCCUCCUCCGCGCGUGGAAGUUUGGCGAGGCACCGCUCCCCGAGCGCUUCGCCUUUGUCGUCGACGCCGUGCUGCCGUUUGGCAUCCGCGGGCGGCUGCGGGACUUUUACGGCAUCGGCGCCGUCGUGCCGCUGGCUAGGCUGGAUGUCGGGACGAAGCUGGCCGAGACGAACGUGGGGGAUGUGCUGACGGUGGAGAUCCGGGAUAUGAAUACGUAUACUACCGAGCUCGAGGUUGAACCUGUCGGGAGAGAGGUCAAGGCUGAAACUGAGGGUGCGGCUGGAGCGUAG